UUUGCUUGUCAGUGCCGAGAAUCACACGACUAUUAUAUUAUCAUGUCGUUAUUGCAGCGAUCACGAGGAACCCCAACCAAAAAUUUGGUACUACCAAGAUCGAUAUCAAAAGGGACCAGAAAAAGAAGUCGAAUUGGAAAUGGAUAAUAACGUUUCGUACAGUAGAAUCUAUACGACGCCAGAUCUUUCUCUGGUAAUUAAAAGUUUUUCAGUCGCCGACGCUGGUAUUUACCGAUGUCACGGUAAAGAAGGACAAGAAAAAGAAAACAAAUAUAAUUAUAGGAUUGAACCAAUCCUCAAAGAUAUUGGCGGCGAGUUUGUAGAAGAGGGAAACAUAACUGAAUGGGAAAAAUAUCGUGAAAUAUACUUGUGGCCUGUCACUACGAGAUUUGCUAUCUCAAACAUGAUGGAUUUAGCUGGGAUUCGUGACGAAGGAGUUACUCUUCAAGUAGUGACCGAAUGGGGUCCGUGGGGCCCGUGCAAGCAAUGUAUAUAUAAUCGCGGUAUUAAAACUAGAAGGGGUUACUGCAGAUUGAAGCGCAACAUAAAUUCAACAAUGCUAGAGAGAAACGAUUCGAUUAUUAUACACUUCUUUCGAGGAUCUCCGAUACUUCCUUGCAAAUCUAUUCUGCUUCAAAAUGAAUUUCCUACUAUCAGCCGUAUCCUACGGUAUUUGCCGGAAUUUAUUUUAAGAGAACCUUGCAAGAAAUGUCCUCCUGUAAAGAAAAAAAAGAAGAGAGAAAAGUUUCGAUAUGUCAAGCGAUACGUUCUUGCGGAAGGCGCGCAUCUAGCUGUAGUUUGUCCAGAAUCAAGCACAACAUCGCAAGUAAUUUGGAAAAAAGACACAUUAACUUUAAAGAAAGGAACAGGACGAUCAUUUCGUAAAAAAGAUACAGAGAUUCGAGUGAUGGUAGACGCUUUCUCAACACUUUAUUUAAUAGAAGUAUCUACAGAAGAGCAAGGUAACUAUACCUGUUAUGUGGAUAACAUUAACAUGAUGCGUCUAAAAAUUAUUGUUAUAUCCAAAACUCGGCUUUUGACCCAAGCUUUCUUCCGGCAUUUGAGUUACUUGGGAGUUAUAAUCUUCUUGAUUUCGAUCUGCUACUGUGCGGGUGUAGUAAUGACUUGCCGACAGAGAAAUAAAUUUCAGUCUUUGCCACAAGAUGAUCCAUCAGCGAAGGAAGUUGAGUAG